GCUUGUAGCUGAACUGUCGCGAGAAUCUUGUAAAUAUUACCAGCUGGCUCUAAAGUCUAGCAAAGUUUGGAGUCGUUGAAAUAAAUGGCUAAAAUAGAAAAGGAUCUACUUUUGCAGUGGUAAUAACCCUCAGUGAUAUUAGAGGAGUGAGGAGUUAGAAUGUCUUAAUUGCAACAUUGAGCACAAAAGCAAGCAUGAACGAUUUGGAGCAACAACAGGAUGAGCUCGAAGCCCUGACUAGCAUUUACAUGGAAGAUGAGUUCCAGCUCAACAAAUCAAAGCCGGGUGGCGUCUUCUAUGCCAACAUCGAGCUACCUCCCAAUUUCCAAGUCGUCUAUCGUUUACUGAAUAACAAAUUUAAGUAUCUAACCGCAUCUAGCAGCACUCCAGGAAACACAGAAGAAAAUGUAUCUCCUGAAGAAAAUUUAAAGUUUGAAUCGUUCCCUGUGAAGUACUUACCACCAAUCGAACUUUCAUUUGAGUUGCCUCAAAAUUAUCCAUCCCAGCAAAAACCUGACUACAUUUUGUCAAGCAAGUGGCUAACAAGGGGGCAGCUCAGUAAACUAUGCACCCAACUGGAUCAACUGUGGGAAGAGCAAGCUGGCUUGGAGAUUCUCUACGUUUGGACCCAGUUCCUGAAGGAGGAAGCACUGAAAUUCCUGGAAAUCACGUCCUCUCUCAACAUCAGUCAAAUCUACUCAAGACAGAUCACAAAUCUAGAGCAAAAACGGCUGAAACAGCUCAAAAUGAAGCAACCAUACACAAAGCGGGAAUGUCGGCCAAAAGGAGACGGAGGUCAGAAAAAGGAGGUGAAAAAACCAGAUGAACGGGCAGUCCUGGAUCUGCACGAGUUCAUCGUGGCUGCAUUGCAGAAGUAUGACGAGGAGAGAAAUGAUGCUGUAUUUAAAAAGAGCAACCAAACUUGCAAUGUCUGCUUCACUUCUAAACUCGGGCAGGAUUGCAUCCGAUUCGAUAAAUGCGGCCACAUAUUUUGCAAGGACUGCAUCCGUGGCUACUUUGAAGUGCAAAUCAGGGAUGGGCAUGUGCAAUCUCUAAAGUGCCUUGAGGACAAGUGCGACGUGGACGCCCUUCCGUCCCAGGUCAGACAGGUUUUAAGCGAGGAGACCUUCGCCAAGUAUGAUGCUGCCCUGCUGACUGCUACUCUGGACACAAUGAUGGACAUCAUGUACUGUCCGCGCAAAUCAUGCCAAUACCCGGUCAGUGUGGAACAAGGCGAAAGUAUGGGCCGGUGCCCUAGCUGUCAGUACGUCUUUUGCAUCUAUUGCAAGAUGACUUUCCACGGGAUGGAGCCAUGCCGGUUAAAAUCGAAUGAGCAACAGAGACUGAUCAAAGAGUACACAGAAGGAACUGCAGAAGAGAAGUUAGCAUUGGAGAAGCGAUUCGGCCGCAGACAGCUCCAGCGCCUUGUGGACAAUGCCUUAUCCGAAGAGUGGGUGAGCGGCAACAGUCAAAAGUGCCCGCACUGCAACGUCUCCAUUGAGAAAUCUUCUGGCUGCAACAAGAUGACGUGCUGGCGUUGCAACUCGUACUUCUGCUGGAUCUGCCAGGCUGAGCUGAACCCACUUGCGCCGUACCGCCACUUUAACGACCGAAACUCGCGCUGCUUCAACCGCUUAUUUGAGGGCAUCGCCAAUGACGAGGACGAGUUCUUUGCCGAUAUAGAUGACCUGUGAGUACCACGCUAAGUAGCUAGUUCUGCCUUCUAUACGAAAUAUGCAAUCAUCAUAGUGCCCAUGUAAAGAAUCCAUGAUAUUACGUUGUAAAACCAAUCGGGAGUGGGUAUUGCCAAAAAAUUGAAACAAAAUCAUAGAGUGGCUAUCGGUUUUUAACCAGUGGAAUUAUUGUAGAUGUAGAUAGUCACUAUAUGUGUGAAAACCUCCUCAAAAAACACAAAGAUCACACACAGUUCUUACAAUGGGUCUGUUAUUGGACUCACAAAGUGAUUAAAAUAAAACACAAUGCAUUUUAUGUGGCAAAAUGAUCACUUAUGAUCCCGAGGUUUGAGUUUUUGCAGAGUUUAUAAUUAUGCAAAAAGGGGUUUCUUUUAUCUAUAUUACUGUUUUCGUUUAUUUACUUUCUUGCUGUUCCACUUAUUUUUUUCUAAUUUUGCGUUUGGUUCCCCUCGUCUCUGCAGUGUUUAAAAUAAGGUGAUGCAAAAAUAUGUAAUUUCCAAAAAAAAAAAUCCAUAGAGGGAAGUUGUCAUGGGUAUAGUUUUGCCUGAUGUUUACCAAACUAUUGUUAGUCAAUUAGAGUGUUUAAACGGUUAAAAAAUCAUUAAGAGCAAUAAUUCUUCAAACGCGAAUUGGCGUAAUCUGCCACUUUCAUUGGAGUGACAGCUUUUAAAACACAUUCUAUUUUCAUAUCUAACAAAUUGGAUUUUUCAACUCUUUUUAUAUAAUUCCGUAUCAGGUGUCGAUUGAAAAAAGUAUAUUGCUAUUUUGAUAAUGUGAUAUUAAUUUUAACAUCACGCAAUGUUUUAAAAUUGGUGGGCACUCGUAGCACUAAAUGACACGAUGCAUCCAAAAUAUAAGAUACAAUUUUGCAACUGUUAUCAUGCGCGUGAAACACAAAAAUUAUGAUAGCGUAUCACUCUUCGACAACACUAUUCGUGGGAUGCUUGUUGAAACUAAAAAUAAAGCAUGGUGGAAUGAAUAAAA